AUGAAAGUGACUGACGCCCCCGCAUCCUUCCCAGUAGAGAAAGCUUCGAAUGAGGAGAAUGUGCUUGUUCUGCACUGGAUAAAGUCGCUAAAAUGCAUUGGAUGUGAUUGUUCUACAGAUAGGGCCAGACGAGACUAUCAAUCCCUCUAUGGUGGACCAUUGGGCAGCUUGAGACGACGUGCUACAUCAUCUGCUUACUGGCUCGCAUUCCUGAGAUCCGACAUGCUGGUGUACACAGAUCCGGACAUAAUUCUCAGGAUGAUGAAGAAGAUGUUGUUGUUGGGAUGGUAA